AGCAACGGCCAACAGCGGGAAACUCCGUUCCUACCGCCACCGGCUUUCUGCGAGCGUCGAGGGGCGGCCAUGGCGGCCUCCUCGCCUGGCCACUAUAGCGGACUACCCAUCAUGGACACGAACACACUCACACCUGAGAUCAUCCAGUUGGCAGAGGAUCUCCUCGCUCUCAAGCUCUACUUCGCCGGCUGCUUCGCCCUGCUAUUUUUCGACUACUUCCUGACGCUGGCCGAUGAGGUGGAGCUGAUAUGGAAGGCAAACAAGACGAGCAUGUUCUAUUUGUUCGUUAUGAACCGGUACUGCCCACUGGCCUUCGCCAUCAUUACCCUCUUCGCCUACGUUUCCCCACUAUGGACCCAUGAAGUCUGCAACCGAUUCGCUAUUGUAGAGUGGCUUCAAACCCUUCUCAUCGUCGUCCCGGCAGAAAUUGUACUUCUAUUUCGCGUCUUCGCACUGAUGAACAGAAACAGAUAUAUCUGUACUUUUCUGUGGGCCCUCAUCCUCGCGGAAUGCAUCAUCGUCUUUUACGCCAUGUCGCUCCCCGGCACGAAUAACGCCCUUCCAUUACCACAUUUCGACCUCGACUCUUUCCAAAUCUGCAUUCUCUACUCUGAUCCACACAUGGAUACCGCAUACCUCGCCGUGACCAUCGCAUUCGACAGUAUCGUGUUCGGGUUAACCAUCUUCGCGACAUUCAACCGGGUCCGCUCGCAAGUAAACCGCGCCAAUGCCAACGCCAACGCAGCAGGUCGCCGAGCGCGCUCUGCCCUCCACUCCAUUCUCCGACUGGACGACAGGCCAGGCCACACCUCGAUUCUUGGCACCAUGCGAUGGGACGGGACGCUCUAUUUCUGUGUCAUCCUGUCGGGCAACAUAGUCUGGAUGGGACUCGCACUCUAUGCACGACCAGGUUUGAAGUUUAUGAAUGCCCAGCCGAGCAUGUACAUGACUUCUGUCAUGAUCAACCGGCUCACACUUUCAGUCCGCAAAGUUGCCGUCGAGGCAAACUCAGUGCGGACUUCAAUUGAAUGGCCCAGCGCCAUAUUCUCGCGCGCACCGCCGGCGACGCCACGGACAGAGUUUGGCAGUCCCAGACCAACUACGCUCGCAUUCGCCCAGACCGCUACCAACCGCGAUAGUGUCCUCCCAUAA